UCCAUAGCCAUAGCCAAGCAUCUUCCUUUUAAGUGAGCUCUGGCUCAAAUGCAGAGCCUGAGCAUUCUUUUCACAUCCCCUGAGGAAAAAUCAAAAGAAGGACUGUGAGUAGGGGUAAUAAGGAGGCCAAGGACCAAGGCGCAGGGGUGGUGACCAGAGAAGGGGCCAAAAUGCAGCCAGCAUUCACAGCCCUCUUCAUGCUGCUCUUUGUCCUGCUGUGUCUCCUGGGAAUCCUGGCCAAUGGCUUCAUUGUGCUGGUGCUGAGCAGAGAAUGGAGGCGGCUUGGGAGGCUGCUCCCUUCUGACAUGAUCCUCAUUAGCUUGGGUGCCUCCCGUUUCUGCCUACAGUGGGUUGGAAUGGUGCACAACUUUUACUCCUUCUUCCACCUGGAGGAGUUCAGCAAGGGUCCUGCAGGGCAGCUCAUUAGAUUCCAAUGGGACUUCCUGAAUUCAGCCACCUUCUGGUUUGGUACCUGGCUCAGUGUCCUCUUCUGCGUGAAGAUUGCUAACCUCACCCACCCUACCUUCCUCUGGCUGAAGUGGAGGUUCCCAGGGUCAGUGCCCUGGCUUCUGCUGGGCUCUCUCCUGAUCUCCACCGUCGUUGCCCUGCUCUUCUUCUGGGGAAACUACUCUGUGAAUCAAGGUUUCUUCAUUAGAGAAGUUUAUGAGAAUAUGACCUACAUGGAGAGGGUCAUUAGCAUGGAAAUUCACUAUUUCCUACCCCUCAAAUUUGUCACGUUUUCAAUUCCUUGCUCUGUUUUUCUGGUCUCGACUGCAUUGUUGAUUCAUUCUUUGAGGAGACACACUCGGACAAUGCGGCAAAGUGCCCAUAGCCUGCAAGACGCCAGCACCGAGGCUCACACCAGAGCUCUGAAGUCACUCAUCUUCUUCCUCAUUCUUUACAUUCUGUCUUUCAUGUCCCUGAUCAUUGAUGCUGUAGGCUUCUUUUCAACAGAGAAUGACUGGUUCUGGCCAUGGCAAAUUGUAACCUACCUGUGCACAUCUGUCCAUCCCUUUAUCCUUAUCCUCAGCAGCCCCAGGCUUCGAGAGGUGUUCAGGCAGCUACUUCUGUUGGCCAGGGGCUUCUGGCUGGUGUAG